UUAGCAGAAUGCCAAUACAGGGAGCAUAUUAGCUCUCUAUAUAUCUCUGUUUAUAAGCGCUUUCGUUCCUUCACAAUCAUCCUUCCCCCUCAAUCCCCCGGCUAGCUAGCUCUUCCUUCAGUUAUGGCUUCUGAGAAGGUUGAGACCGUCGUCGCGGGAAACUAUGUUGAGAUGGAACGAGAAGAGGGCAACCUGAAAUUCACGAAGGGCAGGCUGUCGAGGCUCUUCUGGCACGGCGGUUCAGUCUACGAUGCUUGGUUCAGCUGUGCUUCUAAUCAGGUUGCACAGGUGCUGCUGACGCUGCCGUAUUCAUUCUCACAACUUGGGAUGGUGUCAGGGAUUCUGUUUCAGGUCUUCUAUGGUUUGAUGGGCAGUUGGACUGCUUAUCUCAUCAGUGUCCUCUAUGUUGAGUACCGAACCCGUAAAGAGAGGCAAAAAGUCGAUUUUAGGAACCAUGUUAUUCAGUGGUUUGAAGUUCUUGAUGGGCUGCUGGGAAAACACUGGAGGAACAUAGGCCUCUUUUUCAACUGCACCUUCCUGUUAUUCGGAUCCGUCAUUCAGUUGAUUGCCUGCGCGAGUAACAUAUACUACAUAAACGACAACCUGGACAAGAGGACUUGGACGUACAUAUUUGGGGCGUGUUGUGCGACGACAGUGUUCAUCCCGUCCUUCCACAAUUAUAGGAUAUGGUCUUUCCUUGGCCUUCUCAUGACCACUUACACCGCUUGGUAUCUCACCAUUGCCUCACUUCUCCAUGGUCAGAUUGAGGGAGUGAAGCAUUCGGGGCCCUCCUCAAUGGUGCUCUACUUCACUGGGGCCACUAACAUCCUCUAUACCUUCGGGGGACAUGCUGUCACGGUGGAGAUAAUGCACGCGAUGUGGAAGCCGCAGAAGUUCAAGAUGAUAUAUCUUUUUGCAACGGUGUAUGUGCUGACCCUAACGCUGCCCUCGGCAUCGGCCGUGUAUUGGGCGUACGGGGAUCUGCUCCUGACUCACUCCAAUGCACUCUCUUUGCUCCCUAAGACCCGGUUUAGGGACACCGCCGUUGUCCUCAUGCUCAUUCAUCAGUUCAUCACAUUCGGGUUUGCGUGCACGCCGCUCUACUUUGUGUGGGAGAAGUUCAUAAGGGUGCACAACACCAAGAGCCUGUUCAAGAGGGCGCUGGCAAGGCUGCCGGUGGUGAUCCCCAUAUGGUUCCUUGCCAUCAUAUUCCCAUUCUUUGGCCCCAUCAACUCCACCGUGGGGUCCCUCCUCGUCAGCUUCACUGUGUACAUCAUCCCAGCCCUGGCCCACAUGAUCACUUUUGCUCCUGCUCCGGCUAGAGAGAACGCGGUGGAGAGGCCACCUUCGUUCCUCGGAGGGUGGGCGGGUCACUACUGCGUCAACGUGUUUGUGGUGGGGUGGGUGCUGAUCGUCGGGUUCGGAUUCGGAGGAUGGGCGAGUAUGAUCAACUUCGUUCACCAAAUCGAUUCCUUUGGUCUCUUCACGAAGUGCUACCAGUGCCCUACUUCUCCUCCCGCUCACAAGGCUUGAACCCAUAUUGAGGCUAUAGAAUUCUUCUUUAAUUUACUUCCAUAUAUAUAUAUAUAUAUAUAUAAUAUUUCCCCCAAAAAAAAUUUAACAAUGAUCAAUAUAUAUAUAUAUUGUAAGGGUGUAAAGAGAUUGGCUUUUUUUCUUGUGACUUUUUUUCCUUUUCUUGGUCACUCUCUCUCCUCUUCUUUUUUUUUUCUUGUGACUUUUUUUCCUUUUCUUGGUCACUCUCACUCCUCUUCUUUUUUUUUUCUUUUUCUUUUUUCCUUAUGUUUCGGAUAAUCAGAUGUAUGGAUCGAUGUGGACCAUUGGAUCACCUUAUAUAGGCCGUUAUGUCAUGCGUGUUCAUCAUCGUUAGAUCAUGAUGUUCUGGAAA